CAUAGCUGUCAUAUUUUGCAAUUUAAUGGAGCCAAGUUGCAAGUCUUAUCACUACUCUCACAUAAAUGAAAUUCCUCUAUUCGAUACAAAAUAUCGCAAGCCAUCAUCUAAGUUCAUUCCAUUUAGUUCUAAAUCUAAUUGUAAUACAAUCACAAUCCCAAUCAUUCCAAUUAUUAUGCAAGAUCACAUACACUAAUAUAACUAGAAUUCUACUUUUCUGUUCCCCUUCCCUAAUUAUUAAACAGGCCUUUUUGCCUUCUUGAAGUUGUUUCUCAACUUUUCAAUGAGCCAUACAUCAUUCAAGUAGUUCCAUUGUGCUUUUUAAUAAGGAUUUUUCAGUAAAACAUUAUCAUCCUGCUUGUGUAAUACAGCGAUGAUGGUGGAAAGCAAAGCAAUGCAAAGUGUUGACGACUUCAAAUAAUUCGAGUUCAAGUCCUUGUUCUUUUGUUGAUGAGGAGGUUUUUAAGCAGGAAACAUCUUCAACCAAACUGAAAGUGGGAAGCCCCCCCAAUGGGAUUCAGAAUGGUGGGUGGGUGGACAAGGCUUCAUCUGCAUUGGCUGUCCCCAGCAACAGGAAGUUUGUGCUUGAUUUGACUGGGAGGGUGACAUUUGAAACCAUUAAGUCAGUUGCUUCCUCUCUCUUCCAUCACCAUCUAUCUUAACUUCAACAUUUCCCUUCGUCUCUCUUUCCGUUUCAAUCUUCUCACAUCGACAUUGUUGAAUUUCUUCUUUCACCUAAUAUUUACUCGCAAAGAAGACUGAGAUGGGCAGCUAUGCUUCCAACUACCUACGCUUACUGUCUUACACCAAGCUCUUGGCCUCUCACGUGAACCAGGGCCGCCACCACGAUGCCCUCUCUCUCUUCCACCAUAUGCACGCCUCCUCCGCUCCCGCCCUCGAUGCUUUCGUCUUCCCUCUCGCCCUCAAGUCCUGCGCCGCAGCCCACCGCCCCAAUCUCGGCGCCGCCAUUCACGCCCACGUCACUAAGUUCUCCCUCGUCUCCAACGCCUUCGUCGCCUGCGCUCUCGUUGACAUGUAUGGCAAGUGCGUAUCUGUUUCUUCCGCGCGCCACCUGUUCGACGAAAUUCCCCACCGAAAUAUCGUGGUUUGGAAUGCUAUGAUUUCUAUCUACACGCAUUCGGGCCGUGUUGCUGAUGCUUUGGGGUUGUUUGAAGUGAUGGAUGUUGAGCCCAAUGCGUCCACUUUCAAUGCUAUUAUUUCGGGUUUGUCAGGGUUGGAGGAUGGAUCAUUUAAGGCGCUCUCGUUUUAUAGGAGAAUGGGAGAGGUCGGGUUGAAGCAGAAUUUGAUCACGCUUCUUGCUUUGUUACCAGCUUGUGUGGAUUUAGCGGCAUUGACUUUGAUUAAGGAAAUUCAUGGUUAUGCAAUUAGGAAUGGUAUUGACCCUCAUCCCCAUUUAAGGAGUUGCCUGGUGGAGGCCUAUGGGCGAUGUGGAUGUAUUGUGAAUGCACAAUGUGUGUUUCAGAGUAUUAGUAUGAGUGAAAGAGAUGUGGUUGCAUGGAGCAGCUUAAUAUCAGCUUAUGCUCUACAUGGGGAUGCAAGAACUGCGCUGGAAACUUUUGAACAAAUGGAAAUGGCCAAAGUUCAGCCUGAUGGGAUCACUUUUCUUGGGGUUUUGAAGGCUUGUAGCCACGCUGGGUUAGCUGAUGAAGCAUUGGGGUACUUUGGGCGGAUGUGUAAAGAUUAUGGCGUGGAAGCAAGUAGUGAUCACUAUUCGUGUGUGGUGGAUGCUUUGAGCAGAGCAGGGAGGCUGUAUGAAGCAUAUGACAUCAUACAGGGAAUGCCUGUGAAGGCUACUGCAAAAACCUGGGGGGCCCUUCUUGGGGCGUGUCGGACAUAUGGAGAAGUGGAGCUUGCAGAGAUUGCUGGGAGAGCUUUGUUUGAGUUAGAGCCUGACAAUGCUGCCAAUUAUGUGCUGUUGGCUAGAAUAUAUGCUAGUGUGGGCAGACAUGAGGAGGCGCAGAGAAUGAGAAGGGAAAUGAAUGAGAUGGGAGUGAAGGCAGCGCCUGGCAGUAGUUGGGUGGUGUAUCAAGUCUGAUGCCAAAUGUUGACUAUUCAGUGAUUCCUUGCCCUCUAAUGUUUUCUUGAGAAGAUCUACAAAGAAGGUGUAAUGCAUCGCUGUUGAUGAAUGCUUGAUUAGUACAUGCAGCAAUCUGAUCUAACUAGGCAAAAAGGGCAGGGACAAUGCUAGAAUGGUCCUGAAGGCCUAGAAUAGCCCUGAAGGCAUUGCAGUGAAAAGAAUGAACUCAAUGGUGAAUUCAAUUUCAGUGCUCAAUGAACUAAUAUCUCCAAUUGUUGGGUUGGAUUGGUGUGGAUAUUGAUACGCAGAUGACAAAUGCAAUGGCAAAGAAGGGUGUUUACCAUUUGCACCAUCAGUGCCCCAUUAGAGUGAUUCAAAAUUGGCAUGCCAUGACUGCAAAUUGUGCCAAGAAAGCUGUAUGUUGAUACAUUUAAUUAGAUUAAUGGUGUAUACUAUUAUUAGAUUACCUUUAUUUUGGUUUUGGAAGAACGAUCAUUAACAUAGCAAUGAAAUUGACAGUUGAAAUA